AUGGAGUUUCACGCUACGGGUAAUAUCAGUUAUGGUUGCGGGUCUUCUUUUAUUACGUUGAUUCCUAAGGUGGGUUCUUCCGUGGGGCUUAGAGAUUAUAGGCCGAUUACCCUUGUUGGGGUGGUUAGUAAGAUGGGAUUUCAUCCGUUGUGGUGUGAAUGGGUUAAAGGUAUUUGUUAUUCUUCUAGAGCCGCGGUUUUGGUUAAUGGAUCCCCGACUUUUGACUUUCGUUGUGAAAAGGGCCUCCGUCAAGGAGACCCACUGUCUCCCUUCUUGUUUUUUAUUGUGAUGGAAGCUCUUUCGUGGCUUUUAAAGAAAGCUAAGACUAUUGGAGCUUUUAAGGGUAUUAGUUUUGCAGAUGAUGACGAAGAGGAUUUAACCCACCUUUUUUAUGCCGAUGACGCUCUCAUUCUAGGGGAGUGGUCUAGAGAUAAUAUUACCAGUGUUGCUAGGAUUCUCCGCAUUUUUUAUCUGUGCUCGGGCUUGCGUAUUAAUUUACACAAGUCAAAUAUUUUCGGUGUGGGGGUGGAUGACCACGAAGUGGAUAGCAUGAUGGACCUCUUGGGAUGUAAGAGAGGAGAUGGGAGCUCUUUAAACUUUUGGAGCGAUAGAUGGCUGCGUGAAGCCCCUUUGCGUGUGGUUUAUCCACACCUUUUUAGAUUAGAAAGAUGCAAAUGGGUUUCGGUUUCCCAGCGAGUCGUUUUGGAAAAUAACACGAAGGUUUUACAUUGGGAUUGGCGUGCGGCUCCUUCCACGCAUGAGGAGAUUUCCGAGUUAUAUAGUCUUCUCAAUGAUAUCUAUGAGUUCCAAUGGAGAGGUGGUCAAGAUCGCUGGACUUGGAGCCCCGAAAAAGAUGGUAUGUUCUCAGUCUCUUCGGCCAAUAAACUUUUGGCAAACUAUGUAGCGAGCGCUAAUAAUUAUAUGAUUGAUUGGAAGAGUUGGGUUCCGCUAAAAUGCAAAAUUUCGGUAUGGAGGGCAGCUCGAAAUAGGCUGCCUACUAUUGCCGAGCUUAUUAAACGUGGAGUGCCGAUCCAAGAUUCAAAUUGUGUUUUUUGCCAAGGGGAAAUGAAAACUUCUUUACAUCUUUUCAUUGGGUGUGCUUUAUCUCAAGAAGUGUGGAGCAGAGUAGAGAGGUGGUGCCGGCUUCGUCAAGGGUUUGCUUUUGAUGUCUUGGAUUUCCUUCAGUUACCGGAUACUCAGGUGUCAUCGAAAACCACAGGAUACAUCUUAAGAGGCAUUGUAUAG